AUGAACCAAGCUUCAGGACGACAAGCCGCUUGCGCUACGGACACGACGGGGGUACCUGUAUGCCGAGAGAGCAAGGACGAUCUAUGGAGACAAUGGGCUCACGGAGCCCGAAAACGCUCUGUAAAGAGUUUGCUAGAAGACGAGGACCCCGAUGAAGAGCGCGUACAAUCAGUCGAGCAGCACAUGUAUCUGCCAGCAGUGGCGACCAGCACACCUCAGGCUGAAGAUGAUCGUGAUGACUUUCUGCCCGCCUUGUUGUCAUUUGAGGCACCGUUCCGCGCAGCCCCCGGUGCUGGUGCUGGAAGUGGGGGCACUCCCCACGGUGCCGCUCAGGAGAUGCAAUUAUCCCUAGCUAGCAACUUUGGGAACUGGCCUGCCAUGGUUGCUACACGAGACUUCACCAAAGGAGCAAAGCAAAGGAAGAACAACGGAACAGCGAUCGAGCUGGGACACCCACCACGAUGCACUAAAAUAACUGUAAUACAUAGAAGCUGA